GGCAAGGGGAGGGAAGCAACAAUUGUGUUGGCAGAACGCAUUUCCUGUAAAACGGAGUCAAAACAGAAUGUCAAAAUUUGUGUCCUCAAUGUUAAGAUUUACAUCUGCUGUUACGAAAUCUGUUGUUACUCGUUCAUUAUUAUGAGAUACAUGUAUGAGAACAAUUAAGAAAAGUAAAAGUAGACAAAUCGUUACAUCACUGCAGUAAUGGAGGAAUCGGAAUACGAGGAUAUAUUCAACUAUACAAGUUUCCAAGAAUAUCGUGUUGGCUUAACGGAGAAUCAAAAAAGAAAGAUAAGAAACAGAGUGAGAGAUUUUUUGGUGAAAAAUGGACAACUUUAUUAUAUAAGAGACACACCUGACGAAAGACUAGUGAUAACAAAAGACAAAAAGGACAGCAUAAUUGAAUUAUGUCAUGUUGGAACUGGUAGUAGCCAUUUAGGUAGAAACAAGACAAUUAGCAAGAUAUCUGACAGCUAUUAUUGGUUAGGUAUCGUCAAAGAUGUUACUGAUUUUGUGAAAACAUGUCUGCAAUGUCAAAACGAAAAUAAAAAGACCACAAAGACUUGUCAUGCUUGUCACUGUCAGGAAAUAAUGCCUGAACAUGUGACUAUUAAAAGAGAAUGGAAUGACGAUGGGAUAGAUUUGAUUAGUCCAUAUCUUCCGAGUGAUGAAAUAUCAUUGUCUUCUGGUGGUUUUAAUUCCUCAGAUGCACCAAAGAUAAAAAUACCAAAGAUUUAUACAAAAACUGGAGAUAAAGGAACCUCUGCUUUAUACACUGGUGAGAGGAGAUCUAAAGAUGAUAUGAUAUUCAGUGCCUUGGGUACUACAGAUGAAUUGUCAUCAGCUAUAGGGAUUGCAGCUGAAUAUUGUACAGAAUCCAGUAUACCAGUCACAGACAGGUUACAUGAGGUACAAUGUGCCUUACAAGAUUUAGGGUCCUGUAUAGCUACUCCUUAUUCAUCUGCAAGAGAAGCUCAUCUUAGAAAGACCACCUUCAGUGAUAAAUAUGUAGCAGAUUUAGAAAAUUGGAUAGAUGAAUACACUGCAGAGUUACCUCCUCUUACUAAUUUUAUCUUGCCAUCAGGAGGAAAGUCAGCCACACAUAUACACCUAGCAAGAUCUAUCUGUAGGCGAGCUGAAAGAAGCUUGACACCAUUAAUAAGAGCUGAAGAAAUUGGUCAUGAACCCUUAAAGUAUUUAAACAGGUUAAGUGACUUUUUAUUUACAACAGCCAGAUAUGCUGCUAUGAAGGAAGGAAGAGAAGAAAUUAUUUACAGAAGAAUACAUGCUGAUGAAAAAUAGACAUAUUUCUAAUUAAUGUCAUCUUACGAUCUACAUGAUAAUGUAAAAUAUAUUAUGUAAUUGUUUGUAAAUAAAGUAUAUUUAUUGUUUUGUAA